UGAGGUGUGUGUUUGUUUGCUCGGGACGGAGAAGGUUCGCGCGUGUGGGUGCGCGUGAGCACUUUGCGCAGGGGAGAGAGAGCUGUGGUCGCAGCAGCAGCUACUGCUCUUGGCACGACUGCCUCUCGUGCGGUGAAGGGGGGGACAUUCCACGGCUUCAGCCAAUAGUCCGUCUCCCACUCAGAUACAGACGUACAGAUACGCCACAGACCCGCUUGCUGAGCUGCUGUUUGUCCUAUGCAGCGGCUGCCAUGGUAUGUGGUGGUCGCAACUGAAGUGUUGUGCGGCGGGGAACAAAUCUUAAGUGCUGUAGUUGUGGUGGUCAGCAAUGCCCCUCCGUCUCCUUUCGCGCUGGCUUCGAAGGGAUUAAUAACCCGAUGGACAACUCAACAGGGAUACUUCUUGUCUGAUAGUAUGCGAGUUAUGUCUGACUUCAUCAAGAGAGGGUGAAUAGCCUCCAGAUGCUUGGUGGUUGAUGCUGUUUUCUGAUCGGAAACAGGGGCUCUGUUGCAGAAACUUUUCCAAGGAGGAGGACCACUGACUGACCGAACACAGUGCACUGCUCUCGCACAAGUGAGCCAGGAGAUUGCCACCGCCCCUGCACUUGCACUUGGGAGUAGUGAACUUCUCAGAGGUCACAGCAUUUUGACCUUUGCACCCUGACCUCAUGAGUGCCUCUGUGAUUCGACCCCUGAUGUGCAUAACUCCGCGGGAGGGAGGUUCGUAGUGACCUGCAGCCAUGACCAGCACAAUACAGCAGCCCACGGAGACAGAGAUGGAGACUGGCUCUGCCAAAGAACAGAGGGGCUGUUUGGAGCGCGCGCCGACUGCGCCACACAGCAUGACCCUGGCUCUACAGAGUAGUGGGGACCAGAACGGCAAUGCCUUCGCAUCAGAGUCUUCCCGCUCUAGUAGCUCUUCCCUUUCCUCCCCUUCGUGUGCUGGUGGGGAGUCGUCUCCUGACUCCUUCAGGUGCAGUUCCAGCGGUCUGGGCAGCAGCGGCUCCGACAGCCCCCUGGACGUGGACAUGCAAGAAUGUGUUGAGGAGGAGCAUCAGGGGCUCCAGGAGGACGGCAUCAGUGGCAGCAGCAUUAUGAGCACGGAGGAGAGCCCAUUGAGCUCAGUGCAGCCCGUUGACUGCUUGGAGUCAACCAAUGACAACUCUGUGUCUGUCUACCUGGAUGCUUGUGACGAUGGCCAUGAUGACGACGACCCCACCUGGAACAACAACAGCGAGAACCUUGCUUUGGUGUUCAUCCAGGAGGACAACACCACCACGGGUGACGACAACGCUGGUGGCAACCACUACAACAGCCAGACAGGCAGCGGCGGUGGCAGGCGGUACUCGGAUGACGAUCCAGCACCUCUGUGCUCCUCGGAGAACGAUGACAGUGACGAUGACGAUGGCGAUGACGAUGAUGAUCCCGAGGACUCGUUUCUGUCAGUGAGCUCAGGUGUUAUGACGGUGAGGAGCAGCAGCGUCAGCAGCAGCACGGGUCUGGAGGGGUCCGAGGAGCGAGGGGGCCACGGCGGUGAGUCUCCGAUGGCCUGCUCAUCGUCCACCACCACCUCCUCUACCUCCUCCUCUGACCAAGAGGCCCUGCCCUGUCUGUCACCUCUGCCCACAGACAAGGUGUCGGACGUGGGGCCAGCUGAUCCAGCCGUGGUGGUGGCCCUCGACCGCCCUGGAGCUCUGACCUCUGCAGAGGAGCUAAAGCAGGAUGUUGCGGCAGAAGAAGCUCCUGUCAUUUCCUCUGAGGAUGUACCUGAGCAGGAGCAGGAGCAGGAGGAGGAGCAGGAGGAGGAGGAGGAGGUGGAGGAGCAGGAGGAGGAGGAGGUGGAGGAUCAGGAGGAGGAAGAGGAAACUAAGGAGGAGGUGGUGGUGGAGGAAACUAAGGAAGAGGAGGUGGUGGAGGAGCAGGAGCAGGAGGAGGAAACUAAGGAGGAGGUGGUGGUGGAGGAGCAGGAGGAGGAGAAGGAAACUAAGGAGGAGGUCCAUGAGAGAAGUAUUGAGCUCCUGACUCCUGCGUCCCUGACAGAGGAGGUGGUGGUGGAAGUCUCCAAUGUGGAGGUGAAGGAGGAGAGCCAAGAGACCCUAAUAACCCCCAUUGUAGUGAAUGGUAUAGUAGGCGCUACUGCAGCAGAGACCAGAGUAUCAUCAUCAUCGGUGGCGCAAGUGGGCAAGCCAAGUGCUGGUGCCAUCAAGCCAGCCGCAGCGUGUAAACAAACCAAACCUGCUAAGAAUGACAUCAAGACAUUUGCCUUGCCGAACUUUAGGAAUGUGAAAUCAAAGAUAAUGUCUACACGAGGAGGAGUAGUGAGAGGUGAGCAACAUGGACAAGGGAAGGACAUUAUAAUAGCCACUGCCUCUCCUGUCAAAGGGAAGAAACUCCAGGUGGCAGUCCCUGUCCCCAGACGUGCCCCGAUCAAACAGGACAGACCGGCUGAUGACAGAAGACAGAGAUCCUCCUCCGGCCAGGCCAGAGAGGCUGCUGCUACUGCACCUAAAGCAGCCAUGAUGGCACAUCGGCCACCAGAGCGUCCCGGCAGGAAGCCCUUGCCGCCCCCCGACGGCACCCAAUGCAGAAUCAAUGCCGAGUCAGAGUCAGAGGUCAUGGUCACCCCUGAGGAGCCGGGUCAGGCAGGGGAGCCUGGGCCACACAAGGAAGCAGCAUCCAUGGAUGUGGCAGUGGUGGUCCCUGGGAAGACUGACACGACACAGCCUACAGAGGCCACCAGCGGACCUGAGGCAGAUAUAGCGAAGGGGAAAGUAGAGCUGCAUGAGAAUAGUGCCGGUGUGAGUGCACACAAGACCGUGUCCUCCAAGCUGAGACCCAAGACCGCCGGCCUGCCCACCUCUGUGGCCUCCGUAGCUGCCUCUGGGUCUGGGUCUACUCCAGCCACCAGCUCCCUGGACGGGGCCACCAUGAGUCUUGGGACCUUGGCCAGCCCUAGAGCCAAAGCCGCUGUUGGAAGUGCUUCCGUCUCAAGCCGGGACCGUACUACAGCAGGGAAUCAGUUGCCUCAGAAGGGCCGGCAGAUACAGGCAAUGGGCAUUCCAAAGAUGCGGGUACCCGACCGGACCCUCAACGCUUCCCAGCCCACCGCCGCUGCCUCCAUCGCGCCAAAGUUCCCCCUGAACGCCCCCUGUUCUGGAGUCAGCCGCCUGCCCAGCUCCUCCAAGCUGCCCGUCAAGGGCUCGUCUCCCAGCCUCAGCACCUCGUCAUUAGGCAGCACCGUCAGCGAGGCUAACUCCAACACUCAAAAAGGUCCAUCCUCCAAUGCCUGUGCCAAGACUCAGGGUUCGGACGAGAGACCAAGUCGCCCUUCACCCUCGGUGGACACACCAGUUCCAAACAAGGCCCUCACCAGCACCAAACCUGUGGCCAUGCGAACCCGCUCCACCUCUCUCCUGGGCAAAAGCUCGCUAAUAGGUCUGAAGACACCUGCCCAAGCCAAGCCAGCCCCGAGUGCCCUGCAGAGAAACCCAUCCACUCGACCCCACAGAACCUCCUCCGCCACCAUGGGCCACGGCGGUAGAGCUAGACGCCUCUCACAGCAGCCAGAGUGGGCGCAGGCUCUCUGCCUCCCCGAUCAGCUCCUUUUGGUGGACAAGAACAAGCCCAGCAAGCCAGCGGCUGCUCCGUCUUCUGCCCCAGCGCCGCCGGCACCCUGCCCGGCACCUCCCUCCCUCGCUCCGGCAGCAUCCACGGGGACUUCAGCCCGCGUGCAGCCAGCCCCGGCGGCUCCAGAAGCCGAGAAGCCGCAGGACAUAUUCGCCCACUACCAGCAGCAGUGCGAGCAGAAGAGCCAGUGCAUCCAGCAGCUACGCAAGUUUCUCCUGCUGGGCAACCGUCGGCUGGAGGCUCUGGCCCUGGUGGUGCAGCAUGUAUCUGCUGAGCGUGAGGAAACCCUAAAGCAGAAGAAAGCUGUUGAGGGGGAGCUAUGCACCGUCAAGCAGGAACUUGCGGGCUGUAUGUCAUGUUGCGAGAGUCUAAAGAGGGAGAAGGAGGAGGCGCGGGCGUCGUUCGAGGAGACCCUGGAGGGGAUGCGGCAGGAGCAGCAGGCGGAGCUCCAGCAGCUGGAGGAGCGUCUCCGGGCCUUCUACUCGGCCGAGUGGGACAAGACGCACCAGGCUUACCAGGAGGAGGCCGACAAGUGCAGAGCACUCAUGAAGCAGCAGGUGGAGGAGGUUCGCUCUCAGCAAGAGGCUCUGCGUAAGGAGCAGGAAGAGAGUCAUGCUCAGCAGACGGAAGCUCUCAAGCGGCAGUAUGAGACGACUCUGCAAGAGCUUCAAAAGACCCACGAGCAAAACAUGAAUGCUUUGGAGAAGACGCUGAAAGACUCCGAGGCAUCUCUGUCUCGGCAGAUUGAAGAGCUGGCAUCUGAAAACAGCGAGCUCAAGAUGAAGCUCAAAGCUGAAGAGGAGAAGAGAAGGAUAUUAUCUGAAAACAGCCAGAAAGAUGCACACACACUGUACCUCGAGCAGGAACUGGAAAGCCUGAAAGUGGUCGUGGAGCUCAAGACCCAACAGCUCCACCAGCAGGACAAGAAGCUGAUGCAGAUGGAUAAGCUGGUGGAGACAAAUGUGAAGCUGGAAGAAUGUCUGACAAAAGUGCAGCAGGAGAAUGAAGACUAUAGGGCCAGGAUGGACAGACAUGCAGCUUUGUCCAGGCAGCUGUCAUCAGAGCAGGCCAUGCUGCAAAAGACCCUCCAGAAGGAGUCCAACGUGGUCAAGCGCUUGUCCAUGGAGAACGAGGAACUCAUGUGGAAGCUGCACAACUGCGACGUGACCAGCCCACUGCGACGCCUCUCGCCGCAAAACUCACCCUCGUUUCCAACGGCCCCCCUCUCCCCCAGAUAGCCCCACCAACCAACAACAAAAAAAACAUUUUUUUUGUUUUAUCUCAUCUCCUCUUAUUUCCAAAAAGAUGUUAAAUAAAGAGUGGAAGAGAAAAUGCAAGAGAGCCAGAGACAAUGUUGCACGGACGCACUUAGGGAGCGAUGGACUUGACGCCCCGAACCCCAUGCUCUCCCACCUUUUUUUUCUCUGACUGAACCAAACGGAGAGGGAGGGGAGAAGAGAGAAGAUGAGAGGAUAUUGUAAACCUGUAAACCUCAGGGCUUGUGUAUAUAUUGUCUUGCCUAUUUUCAUUUUGAAUUGAGAACUGACUUUUUAAAAAAGAUUUUUCAUUUCAUCAGCCGGUAGAUAAGUAAAUAAAGAAAACUUGAUGAUGAAUUA